AUGACGAAGCUUAGAAACUCCAACAAGCUAUACAAUGAGAAGAUUGCUCAGGAGAGGCGUGAGCGGCAGGCGUGGGAGAAGGAGGAGCGCGAGCGAGUGAGAGCUGAGAAGGCCGAGGAAGCAGCCGAACGCAAGGCUCAAAGAGAGCGUGAUGAACAAGCUCGCGACGCUCAAAAAGCUGUACAAUUGCCCCAAAGAGGCAAUUGCAAGGCGUCACAAAUAGGUCCAAACCCCUUUCCUAAUUUGUUUAUCUGUGGACUGGCAGCAGCAACAACAAUAACGCUUAACGUACUCCACAAGCAUGCCGGUCACCCAAGUGUACCGGUCACUUUUGCCAAGACCACACCAACACUAUAA